CCCGAACGCUGUCCGCUGCUCGCAUCCCGCAUUACAUCUCUUCUACAUUCAGCUCUCCAGGCUUUGAUCUGAUCUGAUCUGAUCUGAUCUGAUGUGUCUCAGCCACAUUUGAUCGCAACAAAAAAAGGCAAAACUCAGUUCUCUUGUAUUUGAUUUUUAUGCAUUAAUUAUCAGGACGGAUCCUGGGAGGUGUCACAGAACUACAAUGAUUGAAAGACCAGAAUCGGCUGUUUCCAGCGUUGCGCAGAGGAAUCUGGAGGGAUAUGUGGGAUUCGCCAACCUGCCCAACCAAGUUUACCGCAAAUCUGUCAAAAGAGGCUUUGAGUUUACACUCAUGGUUGUAGGUGAGUCUGGAUUGGGCAAAUCGACACUCAUCAACUCGCUCUUUCUGACAGAUCUGUACUCCAAAGAAUAUCCAGGACCUUCUCAGAGGAUCAAAAAGACAGUGCAGGUAGAGCAGUCCAAAGUGCUGAUAAAGGAGGGGGGAGUGCAGCUCACGCUCACCAUAGUGGACACGCCAGGCUUUGGCGACGCUGUGGACAACAGUAACUGUUGGCAGCCGGUGAUCAACUACAUCGACAGUAAGUGCGAAGACUUCCUAAAUGCCGAAUCACGCGUCAAUCGGAGACAAAUGCCAGAUAACCGAGUGCACUGCUGCCUGUACUUCAUCGCCCCCUCUGGUCACGGUUUAAAGCCUCUGGAUAUCGAGUUCAUGAAGCGUCUACAUGACAAAGUCAACGUCAUCCCGCUCAUCGCAAAGGCCGACACACUCACACCGGAGGAGUGCCAGCAAUUCAAGAAACAGAUUAUGAAGGAGAUUCAAGAACACAAAAUAAAGAUUUACGAGUUUCCCGACACAGAGGAGGACGAGGACAGCAAACUCAUCCGCAAGAUAAAGGAGCGGAUGCCUCUGGCUGUUGUGGGCAGCAACGUAGUGGUGGAAGUGAACGGCAGGAAGGUCAGAGGACGCCAGUACCCCUGGGGUGUGGCAGAAGUGGAGAACGGCGAACACUGUGACUUUACUGUCCUACGGAACAUGCUCAUCAGGACCCACAUGCAGGACCUGAAGGACGUGACUAACAACGUGCACUACGAGAACUACCGCAGCAAGAAACUGGCUGCCGUCACCUGUAACGGAGUGGACGCCAGCAAGAGCAAAGGCCAACUGACCAAGAGCCCACUAGCUCAGAUGGAAGAGGAGCGGAGGGAGCAUGUGAUGAAGAUGAAGAAGAUGGAGGGUGAAAUGGAGCAGGUUUUUGAGAUGAAGGUCAAAGAGAAGAAACAGAAACUGAAGGACUCUGAGGCUGAGCUGGAGAGGAGACAUGAGCAGAUGAAGAGAAACUUGGAGGUGCAGUACAAGGAGCUGGAGGAGAAGAGAAGGCAGUAUGAGGAGGAGAAAGCAAACUGGGAGGUGCAGCAACGGCUGCUGGAGCAGCAGAAACUCGACGCCUCCAAAACCAUGGAGAAGAACAAGAAAAAGGGGAAAAUCUUUUAACGAGGCCUACGUCCUUUACCUCUGCCAGCACCACACACUCCUUUUUAAAUACCCUGCUCGUAUGAGUAACACCCCCAGGUUACACACACACACACACACACACACACAAUCACACAAUUGAUCUGCAUCCACAUGUAUUUUGGAACAUUCCAGAAGCAUGAUGAUGUUUUUUUUUUUAUCUGUAACUGAUCUGUGUCGCAGCUCUGGAAGUCCAGUUAGAUGAUGUGAGGCGCCCUCGUGUGGACGCUGACUGUUACUGCACACACAUGGCGAAGUGCAUCUUACGUUUUAAAUGACGAAGAGGAUUUAAUUUACCAGUCCUCUGAUAGCUAAUUACAAGCCUGGUCAUUCCAUUUCAAACACACACACAAACACACACACACAGCUCUCAUAUAUAUAUAUAUAUAUAUAUAUAUAUAUAUAUAUAUAUAUAUAUAUAUAUAUAUAUAUAUAUAUAUAUAUAUAUAUAUAGACUCCAUUUGAUCAUAUACACUGUGUGAUGUGUGUGUGUGUGUAGUAUAGUGUACAUAUUAGAGCCCAUAGACAAGCUCACAUUGUUUUUCUUUAAAGUACCUGACAGAUUUGAAGACAUGUCUUCAUUCUGUCCAAAUGAAACCGUUGUUUUUUUUUUUUUUGUUUUGUUUUUUUUUUUUUAUCUUCGUAAGAUAUAAUACAUUUUUCUUUCAAAAUAAAACUCCAAAAACUCACGGCAACAUCAGCUGAAAUUCCUUAUGAGUAAAUAUUAUUCGUAAUUCUACUCUUUCUCCCAAAAUGGCUUUUAUUUACUUGCUUAAAUAAAUCUCACUAAAUAAGCAGUUGAAUAUUAAAGGCUAAGCUCUCCAGCUAAUGUGUUAGCAGAGAAAAUCGUCAGGCUAGUUUAGCUAAUCAUCUUUCAAGUAACGUAAAUAUCAUAACUUUUAAAACGCUGAAAAAUUGUUUAAAAUGAUGGUCUACUGAGAAAUAGACAAAUAUCUAUAUACAGUAUGUAGAUAUAGAGAGAGAGAAAAUGCCAUUUCCGCGAUUAUGAGGUGACUGGAACUCAAAUAUCAAUAUUUUCACAUUAAGCUUUAAAUGUUUAUUAUUUUGUCAGGUUUCUCUAUAGAAAUACUUGUUAAAUAAGAGUCAUGAGCAAAUAUUUGGUUCAUUGGAAUCUAAUAAUAACAGAUAUUUGAUACUUUCGAUUCAGUUGGAGAUAUUUUCACUCGCUAAGUUUCAUUUUCUUGUCAUGUGACGUGUUGACGCGCUAAGAUUAGCUUCAGUCUGGAGAAAUAGAACAUUUACAGCAGCGUGUUGAGAUGCUAACAAAAUACACACACACACGCACGCACACACACACACACACAGAUAUACACUAUGCAAACGUGAACAGUUCUUCCAGCUCUCUCACUUAGCGAAUGCUCACUAGUAGAAUUAACGGCAGCAUGUUCUCGACCCUUUACAUUACAAUCAACAUCAACCCCAGGCACACACACACACACACACACAGACACAAACUUUUUUAUGUUUUUAUAUGUAUUCUGUUUAUAUCAUAAUGUGUUGUUUCCCUGCAUUUUAUUAUUGUCUUUUCUGUCCAUCCUAACUGUACAUUAUUACUAUUAAAGAUGAGACAGCGAUGCUAAACACA